AUGGGGGAAGGAAUUAGUUAUAGAGAGUUUUCUAACUGGCUUGUAGAAUCUAAAGAAGCCCUAGGUGAAUCGAGGGUUAAGUACAAAGCAUCUCUGGCAAAGAGGAGAAAGCUAGCUAAACAAUUGUAUGAACUUAGUGAAAGUAGUUCAUCUGAGGAAGCAAACAUGGAUGCAUUGGUUAAUGAGGCAGAAAAGUUAAAUGAUGAUAAGUCAAAUCUAAGGAGAGAAAUUGAAGCCCUAACUAUUAGGAUGAGUCAAGAGUUGGAAGCUAGAAGAACUGUUGAAGACAAGAUUAGAGAAAAAGAGAAUGAGAUCUUUAAGCUAAAUCAAGAGGUUGGAACCCUGACUGCAUAUCUUCAAGAGAAAAAAGAAGUAAAGGCUGAUCUAGACAUGGCAAUGUCCCUUAGAGAAAGGCUGAUGAAGAAGAAUCAAGAUCUUACAAAAGAGCUGGUUGAUGCUAAUGAGUUACUGUUCAAAUUUAACAAGAGAUCUACUAUACUAGAUGAGAAGAUCCAGUCUCAGAGGCAGAAAGGAGAGACACAAGGCUUAGGAUACACAACCUUUCAGAAAGGUGAUUCUUCCGAUACAAAGAACAUUCUGCAUGAAGAAAAAUUUGCACCUAAGACAAAGGUGAACACUGAUUCCAGUGCUACAAGGUUUGGGAGUUAUAAGGAGAAAUCACUAGAAGUUCAUUCUGAGUUUGCCAAACCGGUCAUUGCUAAGAAGGUAAGAAAAGAAGUGGAACAAUUUGCUAUUUCACAAGGAUUCACUAAAGAGGCGAUUGUAGAGGCUAGAGAAAUGUUUGAAGAGAAGAAGGUCAUUGAAUCCUCUAGUGCCCCAACCAGUACCAGUACUGAUAGACAGACAAGAAGCGCAAUUGCAAAGGAGAAACCUUCUAGUAUUCAAUUCAAAAGAAAAGGGAAAGAAGUCAAGCCCCCUACACCUAAAGCACUGGAAGCCACCGAUAAGAGGAAGAAGGAGCAAGCAAAGAGAACUACAGAUGAGGAGGAAACAAAAUUUGAAGGUGAGAAGAAAGAACUUAGAGCCAGUGGAAAUAAGUCUACGGUUGUUGGAGCUUCUACUAUGAAAUCAGUUAAGAAACCAGUAACUAAACUUAAUCUCUUUGAAAAUGUAUUGUACCACAUUAAGAAGUAUGGUAUUAUGGUUGAUGUAAAGAAACUUUAUGAUAAUUUUGGUGAAGAUGAACAAAGACAAAUUGAAGAUGUAGUUGUUUUGUCAAUGAAUAAAUUCAGUAAAGCCCUAAUUGAGUUGCAAGAGAUAAUUCCAAACUCUUUGUAUAAUAAAUUAGAAGAAAGAUGA